AUGGCUGAAGCUUCCCCAGCAACUCCGCGCAAACGGUCGCGUGCCGGCUGCUAUACAUGCAAGACGCGCAAGGUUCGAUGUGAGAGGCGCCCGGGCGAAGCUGCCGCUGCCAACGACAACAACUACCCAGAAUCGCAGUGCGCGAAUUGCCGCCGCCUGGGCUUUCAGUGCAGGUGGCGGGCUCCGGCUGCCGGCGAAGAGUACCUGCCGCCGCCGAAAAGAAGGCGCGCGAUUGCGCGGCGUCGUCGCGGAACAAGCGAAAAUGGCGACGAUGACGCCCAGGCACAGUUGAUGGCAGAGCAGCAGGACGUGCAGGAGGAAUCCUCUGCGGCCCGGACGCUCACGCCUGCGUCUGGGUUGGCACCCCCCGCCCCUCCUGGCCGAUUACCCUCGGGUGAAGAAGCACUGGAGGACCUAUUCAGCGGCUUCUUCUUCGACAGUGACUUUGGCUCGGUUUCUGGUGCUUUUGAUUUGAACUCUGCCGGUGAAGGGCUUGACUUCGUGCCGCUGCCUGCCGUCGACGCUGCAGCGCUACAAGACUGGAACAUGUCUACGCCAUUUUCAGACUGGCCUGCGCCGUCCUCUCCCUUGCCAGGAGAAGCAGCCUCAUCUAGUAGAGCACCGAUCAACGGCGGUGACGUGGUCGACUUGCAUGGUUCGCACACAUCCGUCAACCCGAAUAACCGCCGCCUCAUUCAGCACUACUUGGACGUCAUGAAGGGCUAUGCCAAGGUCGACGACCAUUCCAAGGACGACAAUAAUCUUUUCAUCUCGGCCUUCACAAAGUCUCUCUACUUUCCCCCGCUCUUCCAUGCCAUUCUGGCAUUCUCCGCUUCACAUCUUGCCAUGGAAGACGACUCCUAUGCCGAUCAGGCGAAGGCUUUCGUGGACAUGGCCGGGGAAUCCUUUGCGACAUUUCGACAUGCCGAGGUUCUUGAAGUCGACGGGCUGCUCUCGGCGCUCUUCGUGCGCGUCAAGACGGUCCACAUGGUGGCCGGCAGCGUGGACACGUUUCUCAACUUAAUCGCCGCCGCCGCCGACAUCGUUUCCAUCAAGAGAGACGAGUUCACGCUGGACGCGAAGCCGUCGCUGACCAGGCGCAUCAUCCUGCGUCUGGCGAUUCUCGAUGCGAGAGCCACGUACCAUCGCAUCGGGCGCGGCCAGCUUGUACAGCUGCUGCAGGAGAUGCCGGCCUUUUCGUCGCUUUUCGCGCGCGACUUCACGGCGUUGGCGUCUAGGGGCGCGCUGUUUAAUCUCCUACGAGCUGACAUUCUGCGGAUGAGAGUGGCGGAGCUCGAUGCGAAACUGCACACGCAGAUGGAAAGCGAGUUUGUGACGGACGCGCCCAUACGCACCAAGGAGGUCAAGGGCCUCUACGACGAUAUUGAGCACGAGAUACACCAGUGGAACGAACAGAUGUCGCAGAAAAUUGACAUCUCUACAUCUGCCUUUGUGGCGGAGGAAGAGGUGCUCAGCUCAGUUGCGUUUGGGUACAACAUUGUGCUCUCCGCCCUGCACUCGGCACUGCCGUUGCCAUCUUUCAACCUAGAUCGAUCCAUUUCCGCCGUCCUGCAAUGCCAGUUGAAGAUUAGCAACGACCCGUCACGCGCCACGUCACCGUCCUCCAUUCUGCCCUCCUCCAUCUUCAUGGUCGGAUUGAUGACCACCGACCCGAUCCAUCGGCAUUGGAUCCUGCAACUGCUUAGGUCGGGGGAGAGGUGGGGUGGCAACCUGACAUACGUGACAUGA